AUGUCUGCUGGUGAAGAAGAUCGAACGAAGAAAGACUCAGUGGGUACUCCUAAUGUUAAGAGAAGAAAAAUCGAGUCUCACACUUGGUUGCCUCCUUCCGUAUCGUCAAUUGCGGAUCCUUUAAAAUUUCAAUCAUCGACUUAUUUGUCAGACAUACCUGAAGCUAUUAUAUCUAACCCCAAUGAAGACAUCGUUCUAGGUGUGGAUGAAGCAGGUAGGGGUCCUGUAUUAGGUCCAAUGGUUUACGGGAUAGCGUAUGCUCUUGAAAAAUAUCUGAAUAGUUUAAAGAGGGAAUAUGGAUUUGCUGACUCGAAAACUUUGAAAGAGGACAAGCGAUUAGAGCUAUUUCAAAUUAUGUUAAGCAAGGAUGACACUUUGGCCAGAAAUGUAGGCUGGGCAACAAGAACUAUGACAGCAAGAGAUAUUCUGUCGGGAAUGUUACAGUCAACACUGGGAAAGGGUUCGUAUAAUCUUAACGACCAAGCUCAUGACACAACCAUACAAUUAAUAAAGGACAUUCUAAACAAGGGUGUCAGGGUGACAAAAUUAUACGUCGACACUGUCGGUCCUCCAACUUCCUAUCAAGCGAAGCUAAAAAGAGAAUUCCCAGGUAUUGAGGUAACAGUAGCAAAAAAAGCGGAUAGUAUAUAUCCAAUUGUAAGUACCGCAUCAAUUGUUGCGAAAGUAACUAGAGAUUUAAACUUAGGAUACUUCAACGUUAACUUAUCCACUUUGGUAGGAGCAAAUAUAGGCUCGGGUUAUCCUUCUGAUCCAAAUACCAGUUCAUGGCUCAAUGGCAAUGUUGAUAAAGUAUUUGGUUGGAACUUUGGCAUUAUUCGAUUUCUGUGGCAAACAGCAAAGGAUAGUCUUCAAAGAAAUGGGGCUGCAAAUGUGGUCUACGAGGAACAAUGUGUAAAGCAGGAGAGUUCAUAUGGCAACGUUUCCGAUUUCUUUAAUAAUUCUAGUAGUGAGCAGGGUGAAGGUAGAAUCGAUAUAAGACAUUAUGGUUCUCAAGAUGUCGUGCUUUAA